AUGUACAACGCCCUCGCGCAGACAGACCAGCUCGAAGCUGCGUCUUCUGCCUCUGACGAUGCCUCAGAUCGCUCGCCCGUCCUCCAGUCGCCCUCGUUUGCGCCGCUCGCCCUCGACUUUGAAAACUUUGGCGGUUCCGCCCACAGAGAGGCCGCCGCAGACACAGCGCCAGACUCGCUCCUCCAGUCGGCCACGGCCAUCAUGCGCCCAGCUGCCGCCUACGAGCUCGUCGAACCAGACGAGUAUGCGGUAGAUAUCAAGAAGAAAGAUACUCCAGAGAAGAAAGAGAGUAAUAAUAAUAUGGAAGAGCCGGUGCUGAAGUCGCCGCGAAGCCGGAGAAAUUCUACGCCUCUACGCCAUCCAACGCCAGACUUGCAGUCGAUCCAGGGGGCCUACGUCGGUAACGUGGAGAGGCUCGAGAAGUCCGCUGAACGUAUCAGCAUGGAGAUCGAGGCCGAGAGGGAGCUGGGAGCGCUGAGGCGCAUGUCUUCGUCCAGGUCGAGAGCUGCUUCGGGCGGUUCCAUUGCCAAUUCGAGGGCGGCCCCUGGAUCUCCCGUUGCCGCUGUUGGUGCUUCUUCCGCGCCGGGAUACGGUAGCUUGUCGAGGCAGUCUUCUUUGAACAGGCCACGGGUACGGUCUGGCUCGUCUGCCUCUCGUCUGGCCCAUAUCAUCGAGCCGGAGAAUGAGAGUGCGGAUAUGGCGACCAUACCUCCUCCGCCGGAUCAUCCAGAAGUCCAACUGGCCCUACAAGCCCUAGAGAAUGGCCUACAAUACGAACAAAACGAACAGUACGAACAACAUGGACAGUACGAACAAAACGGACAAUACGGACAAAAUGGGCAGUACGAACAAAAUGGACAGUUUGAACAGCCACAGCAUGGAGCAAGACCGGAGAGUGCAGCGUCCGGAGACACCUACCAGCAGUCUACGAACCUGUUCAGAGACUUCGACGGCGUCCAUUUCACACCACAUAUGAGGGAAGCCUCCCGUUCCCGCGGUGUCUCUCUCUCCAAACCUCCACUCGCUGCCGAAGCUGGUCACUACAGCGCUCCCCCUCCGGGCCAGGAUAUGGUCUACUACCCGGCCCCCGUCCCCAUGAUGCUCAACCUGCCCCAGCGUCUCUCCCGCAAGCCUGCACAGUCCGAACAGGAGAAACGCCGUACACAGCUGAUCAACUCCAUCUCCCCUGACGCACGCAAGUCCGCCGCCUGGAUCACCGAUGCAGAAAACACCUCCACGGCCGGAGGGGACAGACUGAGCAAGCGGUUGUCCAACCUGCCCCCACAGCUCCGUGCAAGUGCCUUCUUCGACGCUCCCAAGACUCAGAUCGACGUGCGUAUUCAGGGGGAGUCGGCCGUCGCGACGUUGGAUGGCAUAUUGGAUGCUGCUGCCCACGCACCCGUCAGUGCGUUUACGGACCAUCCCAUAGUCGGCCAUCUGGGCGCAGACGUGUACAAGCAGAAACGGCCCAAAAACAAGAUCAACAAGAAGCGGACCUCGCUGAAGCCGGGGGAUGGUGUGUCUGAGCGGUCGCUGUCCUCAGCCAGGGCUGGCCAUGUGCGUGCAAACUCGGACGGACAAGCGCUGGACAAUAUUGACGAGAGGACCUCGUUGCGAAGUACGUUUGACGAUCACGCCGACCAUGAGCAUGAGAGCAGGGCGGGAGAUGAAGAAGCGGAAGGGGAGGAAGACGAAGACGAAGAGGAGGAGGACGAAGAGGAGACGAAGGACGAUGAACCGAUCCAUGGGCCACCGACGACCCUGCUUGCCGAGCUGCAGAUGCGAAAACACCAGCAGAAGAUGAGAACCAGGACGGCUGCCACUGCAUUCCCCAACGGUAUGCACUCUACUCUGCUCGAGCUGGACAGUGUUGCGCAGCGCCAGCAGGAGAAACGAGACAAGGGACGGGUGACGCUGGCCUGGGAAGGGAAUCAGAGCACAGCUCAGGACGAGAUAGACGACGAAGACGUUCCCCUGGGCGUUCUGUUUCCGGAACAGAGCCGACUCGCCGAUGAGAACAGGCCGCUGGGCCUAAUGGAGAAGUUACUCCUUGACGAAAGCGAGCCGCUCAGCAGACGACGGGCCCGGAUCAGAGGAGAGCCGCUGAACACGGGCCGAGCAACGCCUCGGAACCUGGCGCCCAGGGACCCCAGUCCAGAUAAGCGGGCCAGCGCUGCGUUUACGCUCGACAUACCCGGUUUGACGGACAAUACCAACGGCAACGACGAGAGCGGAGACGAAGAGGAGACGCUGGCGCAGCGGAAGAGCCGUCUGAGAGCUCGCGAGGGCAACGACUUUGACGACCUGAUAUCGAAAUUUGGAGACUUGGACACCGACAAGGCCAAGGGGGCACCAGCAUCCGCGUCAGCUUCAGCUCCAGCUCCAGCUGAGGCAGAGGAAGAAACGCUUGGCCAGCGCCGUAAGCGUCUCCAGGCAGAAGCCCAGAAACGGUCAAACCCAGCAGCGGCAGCGACAGCGACGUCAGCACCCUAUUCUCCCCUUCAACGCCGGUCAAUGGCCAACAUCCUCCAGGCCCAUCCUGCCCGUCCAGGCGCGAUGACAGCACACUCAGAGCUCGAUCUCCGGUACCAGACACCAGCGGCCAUGGCCUCGACACACUCUCUGCUCCAGAUGCCUCCCACCCGCGCCUCGAUGCUGGCCACCACACCGCUCUCCAUGGGCGGCCAUCGUCUGUCCGGCACGCCAAUGCUUCCCUACAGCCAUGGCCCGCCACCAGGCACUGCUCCGGCCACGCUGAACGGCUCGGGCAUGCUUGGUGGCGGCGGCUUCGGCUACCCAGCGAAUGGAUACGUCUACAAUCCUGCAAGCAUGCACCCUGCUGGCGGCCAGCAGGAGACGAUUGAUCCUCGGCAGAGAGACAUGAUUGAUCGAUGGAGACUGAGUGUUCGCCAGUAG